AUGUUUGGAAAAAUGCAAGAAAUCCGAAGAGACGCUAGAUAUGCAGACGUGCGAGCCAGAAGAGUUUGGCGGGAUUUAUUGGAGGAGAUCCCUGAAAUGCCUUACGUUAAGUUAGGCGCGGAAGAGCUUCUCGACAUCGUAGACGAAUAUCAUGCUGAGGGCUAUGCAAGGCGUAGGAUCGCACGAAAGCGGUCGAAAAUGGCCUUAGGGAUAGUUGCUGACGGAGUUCAUAAGUUGCCACCUGAUGUUUUGGGGGACAAUACCCAAUUAUACACUCUAUACGCAUAUUCGCUUUCCGACAAGACCGUAAUCCGUCAGUGGCGCAUGUCUUGUUGCCAAAAGGUUCUUUUCUCCACUGCAACACUGGCAUGGGGUGUGAAUUUGCCCGCUCAUACGGUCAUAAUCAAAGGCACCCAGAUCUAUAAUCCAGAAAAGGAUGGAUGGACUGAGCCCGGUGCUCUUGACGUUAUGCAGAUGCUUGGUCGAGCUGGUCGUUUACAGUAUGAUUCAAAGGAUAAAGGAAUCUUGAUUACCAGUCAGUCCGAACUUCAGUUCUAUGUCUCGCUAAUAAACCAGCAGUUGUCUGUUGAAAGUGAAAUGGUAUCUCACCUUCCUGAUAUGCUCAAUGCCGAAGUUGCUUCUGGAACAAUGACGAGCCGAUCUAAUUCACACAGCAUGUUUGCAGUUGAGAGCAAUCUUGUAAAAUGCGACAAAAAGAGCGGAUUCGUUUAG